UCGAGUCUCCUCCAUCUCGAACAUGGAAGCUUAUUACACCAUCACCGCCCUCUCUCUGCCAAUACUACUUCUCCUCAUCUCCUUCCUCUUCUCUCAGUCUAAAUUAAAGAAAAGAACCAACUUUCUCCCUCCAAGCCCUCCCUCCCUUCCGAUCCUCGGCCAUCUCCACCUCUUUAUGAAGAAAAACUCUUCAUUGCCCCGCACCCUCGCCGCCAUCUCCGCAGACCACGGACCCGUUAUCCUCCUCCGCCUCGGCUCCCGUACCGUACUCCUCGUCUCCUCCUCCUCUGCCUCCGUCGAGUGCUUCACCACCAACGACCUCGCUUUCGCCUCUCGCCCCUUCCUCCCCUCCAUCCGCCCCAUCUCUUUCAACUAUUCCGGUCUCGCCACCGCCCCCUACGGCCACCACUGGCGCACUUUUCGCCGCCUCACCAUCAAUGAACUCGUAUCUUCCUCCCGCUUACGUUCAUUCGCCGACACCCGCGGAGCAGAGCUCCGCGCUCUGCUCACCAAGCUUCUCGACGACUCCAAAGGAGAUAACUGGUGCCCGAUUGAGCUGAAGUCGAGAGUGUUUGGGAUGGCGUUGAACGUCAUUGUGAGGAUGCUCACAGGAGAGAAAUAUUACGGUGAAGGAGAGCUGGGUAUGAAGAAGAUGGAGGAGUUCAAGGAAAUGGAAGAGGAGCUUAUGGCGAGAGGCGGGGGGUUCUUCGUCACCGACUUCUUUCCUUUUCUGAAGCUGAUUGGUUUACAAUGGCUGGAAUCGAGGUCAAUGAGCAAAUUAUUGUCCAGGAGAAACACCAUCUUACAACGCCUUAUCGAUGGCCACCGACAGAAGAAGAAUUCUUCGAGCACGGAUCAUAGCAAGUGUUUUAUGGAUCUUCUCCUUUCUAUGCAAGAAGAGUCCCCUGACCACAUAACCGACGAUGUCAUCAAAGCCACCGUUCAGUCCUUGGGGAUUGCGGGGUCUAUCCCUGUAACAGAGACGCUCAUUUGGGUUAUGUCCCUUCUGCUAAACCACCCAACAGCCAUGAACAAAGUCAAGGACGAGAUAGACACCUUCAUCGGCUCUCAACGCCUCGUGGAAGAGGAAGACCUCCCCAAUCUCCCAUACCUCCACGCCGUCAUCACAGAAACUCUCCGUCUCUACCCGGCGGUGCCGCUCCUGCAUCCACACGAGGCGCGUGAGGAUUGCACGGUAGCUGGCUACCAUGUCCGGCGCGGCACCAUGCUGCUCGUUAAUGUUUGGGCCAUCCAUCGUGACCCGGUGGAGUGGGCCGCGGCGGAGGAGUUUCGGCCGGAGAGAUUUGUGGGGAGUGAAAGCAGGGGGGAUGGGAUGAUGAAGACGAUGAUUCCUUUUGGGAUGGGGAGGCGAGGGUGUCCGGGAGAAGCCAUGGCGAGCCUUCAGAUUCCGCUUAUGCUUGCGGCGAUGAUUCAGUGCUUUGAGUGGAAGGAGAUGGAGGAUAAGGAAGUGGAUAUGAUGGAUAAUGGGAAUACAUUAACUCUUCCUAAAGCUGUUCCUUUGAAAGUAUUGUGCCGCCCGCGUCGAGAGAUGAUGAGUCUUCUUCUGCAGCUUCAUGAUUGAAUUAUCCUCUUUAACUGCUAAGCAAUCGUCUUCUUUCUUUUUGAGAAUUUUGAAGGGAAAGCAUGUAAUCCGAUAGCCUUGAAUUAAGUUUUUUUUUUUUUU